GAAUUGUGAUGAAUGAUAUUUUGUUUAAUUAAUUUUUUUGCUUGUGGGUUGUAACUUUAAAUUUUGUAGGAAAAAUAUUUAAAAUAAAUUCACAAAAAGUGUAUAAUAUCAGUGCUAUUUCAACUAUCGGAUCGUCAUAUACAGACAAUAGAAUAAAUGUGGCUAUUCCUAGAUAAAUAUUUUUUCGUGAAAUGUUGAUAAUUAUUUACCACAUUGAGUGUCGAUAUCGCAAAACACGGACGUUUAUAACUUCUAACGCUUAUCUGAAAUAAUUAGAAAAACGUGUACAAUGCGUGUAAACUUACGCAAAUUUUUAAUUAUCGGCAUAUGUGUAAUAUGUGCUUGGCUUCUGUUUUCAUACACUACCUAUAUACUUUCAUAUUUUUCGGUUCCUAAAGUCAGUUCUAAAAAAUCAUUAGUUGAAUUGGAAACUAAACUGGAAAAAUUACAAGUACAGUUAGAUAAUGAUGUGAGUUGGAGUAACAAAUUAUUAAAUAAAAUGAAAAAUCAUUUGAAAAAGCAAAAUGAAAAACAAUUUGUGGUUGAACAGGAUAGUAGUAUUGACAUUAAAAGUUUAAAUCCAAUCCUUCCAGUAUUAGUGAUUGCUUGUGACAGAAUAACGGUGAAGCGGUGUUUAGAUAAUUUAGUUAAAUUUAGACCGGAUAAAGAAACUUUCCCAAUUAUAGUUAGUCAGGAUUGCGGUCACAAUGCGACGUACCAAAUGAUAAAGUCUUACACAGAUUUGGACCCAACGAUAUCGGUGGUGCAGCAGCCGGACCUCUCAGAAAUACCGCUGACACGAGCCAAAGCUAAAUUCAAAGGGUAUUUUAAAAUUGCGCGCCAUUACCGAUUCGCCUUGAAUUACAUAUUCCGACAUUUGGGACACGAAGCUGUGAUUAUUGUUGAAGAUGAUUUGGAUAUAUCACCGGACUUUUUUGAAUAUUUUCUCGGGACCUAUCCGUUAUUAUUAAGAGAUCCAAGUAUAUGGUGUAUAUCAGCAUGGAACGACAAUGGAAAGAAGGAAUUGAUAGAUAUAAAUCGUCCAGAACUCCUUCACAGAACUGAUUUCUUCCCGGGGCUGGGCUGGAUACUGAGGAGUGAGACCUGGGACCAGUUGGAAACUAAAUGGCCUGAGGCGUUUUUUGACGACUGGCUCAGAGAUCCGCGGAAUACCGAAGGUCGAUCGUGUAUUAGACCCGAAGUGUCGAGGACUUACUCGUUUGGAAAGGUUGGAGUGAGUAAAGGUCUAUUCUUCGAUCUCCACUUGCGAUAUAUGCAGCUUAAUGGCGAAUUUGUCGAAUUUACAAAAUUGAACCUGACUUAUCUCAUCAAAGACGUAUACGACGACAACCUAACAUCACUGGUUGCGUCACUGCCGGAGUCCACAGCCGAGGAUGUGAUAAUGGGCUAUGGAACUGGUCCAGUUCGGGUCGUGUACAGUAACGCUAAGAGUUACCAGCGAGCAGCUAAGAAACUUGGGUUGAUGGACGAUUUUAGGAGCGGAAUACCUCGGACGGCUUACCGUGGUAUUGUGACAUGUUUUAUUAAAGGACGUCGUGUAUAUUUGGCCCCGAGCUAUGAAUGGACAAAAUACGACCCAAAUUGGGGCUAACACUGGUAACGGCUCAUCAUUUAUUGAUAAAAUGAUCUAUUGAGCCUUUUAAACUUAAAUGUAUAUCAGAAUAUACAGGCCAAUCAAAUGUGUCAGGAACUUAAUAGUACAGUGUGAUGAUGGACCACUUCCGGAAAUAAUCGCGGGUUAUUUGGAAAUUGUAAUUUAUAAAAAUUGUUUUUUUUAGAUUUAUGCAUUUUUUUAAAUAACAUUCCAUCAAGCUAUUUAAAUGAAGUAUUGUUUUAACUACAUUCGCGUUAGAAUGACGUUCACGUCAUGAUUCGAGCAGCUGACAUUUAAAUUUGUAUCACCAUGUUAUGACAUAUAACUUACUCUGUGGAAGUCCUAGUUUAAUUUCCAGUAAAUCUAGAUACCAGGCCAUAAACUCAAGAAAAAAAUCCAGUAGUCUGGUGUAAACAAGCGCAAAAAUGCCAGUCCUUGUCAAACACAUCUUAGGUGUGUUUGUAGUAAAUAAACUUCAUGUGAAUAGGACUUCUAGAAUUAAUUAUAAUAUGUACAAUUUGAUUUUUUAAUUUUCUUGGCUUUCAAAAGCAAAAAUAAAAAUAUAUCCUUAUUGUUUAUGGUAAAUAAAAGCUACUCCUGAAUAGUUAUAAUGCACCAAAACCAUGAAAUGCCAGAAUGCAUUUUUUAAAUGUUAAACAUACUGUUAAGUAAUUAAUAAAGCAAUCCUUUGACGAUUUACUAAAUGUAUAUUAAUAUAAUAAAGACUGUGAUGUGUAUUGUAUAUAAAUUAAUAAUAUAUUGCAUUUUAAUUUUAAAGCGGGCUAGUUGUCAAAACUAUAUUUACAUACUGUAGAUAUUCUCAUUUGUAAUAUAAUAUACAAACUGAAUAUUAUGUAUAAUGAAUUUCAAUUUAAGAUUAUCUGUGAAGGAUUUGAUUUUGUAAAAAAGGUUUUAUUUUAUUUAUUGUAGUUAAUGUAACAAGGCUGUAUAUGUCUGCUAAUUCACCAUUACAAAAUAGUUUUAUCUGAUUUGUAUUUUGCGUCUAAAAUCAGUAUUUUGUGAUAAGUUAUUUUUUUUAUUCCUAGUACAAAUUUUCCUUUCUAGUACUUAAAAUUGUUUCUUAUAUCGUUGUCUAUCUUUUGUGUUAAAUUGCAGUGGGUAAAAAUGAGAUUCUUGUUUUUUCGCCUAACUGUAAAUAUUGUUUUUUUGAAAUAUACCUAAUUUGAUAACUA